AUGGCCGACAAGGAGAGCCUAAAACGCAAUCAAUGGAGGAAGGCGCACAGAGCGCGGCAGAGAGAGCUUCAUAUCCCGAAGAAAAUCCAGUGGGGUCCAUAUAAUUUGGAUUUUCCGACCUUCGACAGUGCAGGCGUUCUUGAGCUUCGGCAAUUCAUAUAUGAGUUGGAUAACGAAGCCAAUUGGGCGAAACCGAGAGAGCAUAUUAUCGCCGAUAUUAUGGAAAGUCUACGUAUGUCCAAGAGUCCACUGGAGAUUAUCGCAAAGGUACCAUCGAUCCUCCCAACAUCAGAUGGGGACUUGUUUCUUUUGAACAAUUCGCAGGCUCUGCACAAUCGCCUCAGGCAAAAGUUUGAGAAGCCGCUACUUCACCGAGCUUCGCUGUCUGGAAACUCACUCUGUGGUCGCAAACUGAGCCUGGAUGCGUUCUGGAAGCAUCUACGGGAGCAGCCGAACAAGACGAUAGAGGUCUACGACUACGCGGUGGCAGAGCCGACUUUAAGAACACGAAGAUUGACAGUCCAGGAAGUAUUGUUGCAUUGGGAGCUCCCAGCGCAGGAGCGACAUGCUCUUAAUCUCCUGGAUAUUGAGAACAGAAUCGGGGACUUCUGCCCAAACGAAAUAGUCGAACAUGAUCUUCACAGCAAACCAUCUCUCCUAUCUCCGGAUAAUGUUGGAAAAAUCGACUCGGACUGGAAAAAUAGUCGAAAAGAAUUUUUCCUUCUCAGCGGGGCAAACGCGAUAUCGUCUAUCCAUGUGGACAAUGGAGGUCAGCUAACGUGGAUUCUAAACCUCGAAGGUCGGAAGAUCUGGUACUUUCCUCGCAAACCGACUAGCGAUGCUGUCCGGUUGUUGGCUGUUAUGGGCUCUCAGUCUCCUCGAGGAUAUGAAGGAGGCUGGGUACGGGUAGAGCUAUGCGCAGGCGACCUGUUCGUCAUGCCUCCCAGUUGUCCACAUGCGGUGUUCACCCCAGAUGACUGCCUUGCCGUUGGUGGCCAUUUAUACAAGGCUGCACACCUUGGUUCAACGCUCCGCAAGCAUUCCUGA